AUGGCUGCUAUAUCCACAGAAUCGAACGCCAUGUCAAACUAUCCGAAAGAUCUCCUCUUCGACCUCGACGAAGUUCUCACUUUACCUGAAGAUUCCGGCCGUCGGAUUGCAGCACCCAGAUCUUUGCUAAUGAACAUGCCGGCGAUUGCUACAACAAGUGAUCAUGUUUGUUCGGUCUGCUUCGAAAGCUUUGGGUCGACGGGUGAAGAUGGUAUUGGUAAACAAGUUCCUUGUGGCCAUGUCUUCCAUGAAACGUGUAUCACCUCGUGGCUCUCCCACCAUGACUCUUGCCCUCUCUGCCGGUGCCAAUUUUCCGUCGAGUAG